AUGCCUCUCAUCGCACAGAACCCAAAGGACCGCGUCAUCCUCGGAUUGAUGACCUUUGGUCCUGACGAAAAGGCCGGGGCGCGCAUAACCGACUUUAAAGAAUUCACCAAACACCUCGACUACUUCCAGUCACAAGGCUACGAUGAAAUCGACACAGCUCGCAUGUACGUCGACGGCAAGCAGGAGGCCUGGACGCGCGAUGCCAAGUGGAAGGACCGUGGCUUCACACUCGCGACCAAGGUAUACCCAUACGAGGCUGGCGUACACAAGCCCGACAGGUUGAAAGAGCACUUCAACAAGAGCUUGAGCGAGCUGGGUGCCGAUUCUGUGGACAUUUUCUAUUUGCAUGCCCCGGAUCACUCGGUGCCGUUUGAAGAGACGCUCAAGGCUGUGAACGAGCUGCACAAGGAGGGCAAGUUCGUGCAAUUAGGGAUAAGCAACUUUGCGGCGUGGGAGCUUGCGGAAGUGUACAACAUCUGCAAAGAGAGAGGCUGGGUCAAGCCCACCAUCUACCAAGCCAUGUACAAUGCCAUCACUCGCGCUAUCGAACCCGAGCUCGUCCCUGCUUGUCGCAAAUACGGUAUCGACAUCGUGGUCUACAAUCCCCUAGCAGGCGGCCUCUUCUCGGGCAAGAUCAAAUCCGCAGACAUCAAGCCCGAAGACGGUCGCUUCGGCACUAAAGCAGCCCGCAUGGGUAACAUGUACCGCGAGCGCUAUUUCAAGGACUCGACUUUCCAAGCGUUGAAAAUUGUCGAAGGCGCGGCGCAGAAGCACAACCUGACUUUACUCGAGAUUGCGCUGAGAUGGGUUGUACAUCACUCUGAGCUGAAGACGCGGGUCAAGGGCGGAAACGACGGCGUGAUUAUUGGCGUGAGCAACUUUGCGCAGUUGGAGGGUAAUCUAGCAGAUCUAGAAAAGGGUCCGUUGCCUGAUGACGUGGUGAAGACGCUGGACGAGGCGUGGCUGGCUGCUAAAGCCACGGCGCCGACGUACUUCCGAUGA